UUAUUGGAAAGCCACUCACUCUAUAACUUCGACUGCUCUUCGGCAGACUCUGUUGCGCUUAAGAAUGGACCACAAGCAAUAGAGACUGGCGAUUGGAAGCAGACAAGCUCUGCAAGCUUGAACUUCUGCUUGUCGCUUGCCCUGAUAAUUAAUCUGGUAUAUAGUGACCGGGUACGCAUAACAAUGACCGAAUUCUAUCCGAUGCUGAGGACACGCAGGAUUGCCCCGAUCUAUGACAGACAUUGGCCCUGCUGUCGGGAGCUAAAGAUCGAGCUUCUCCUCAUUUCUGUUCCUGACUGA